AUGUACAGCGGAGCAGAAGAUAUUGAAGCCGAUGAAAGGAGGACUGACAAACUGGUACUGCGUUUAAUGCGCCCAUAUCUUUUAAAAGGGCAUAACUUAUUUAUGGACAAUUACUACAAUUCAGUGACCCUUUCUGAAAAAUUACUUGAUUUGAAAACACACACCAACGGCACGCUGCGUAAGACAAGAAAAGACAAUCCUAAAGAAAUUGUACAAAAGACACUCCAAAAAGGCCAGCAUGUGUGGGCUAGGAAAGGAAAAGUCUAUGUAAGUGCCUGUAAAAAUAAAAGAGACGUCUAUAUGGUUACCACCAUGGAUCAUCCAGCGCUCAUUGAAGUCACAAACCGAUUUGGAAAAAAGAAAACUAAACCCAUAGAAGUGAACAGAUAUAACAAAUCCAUGUCCGGUGUUGAUCGCUUGGAUCAGAUGAUAAGUUAUUAUUCAUCACCAAGAAAAACUAUAAGGUGGUAUAAAAAAGGUCCUAUUUCAUAUUAUGGACACCACAGUUUGGAAUUCCUUUCACAUUUAUAA